AUAGAGGAAGUAGAGUCUUCCAAGCAACUAGAAAGUAGAAAGUAGAAACAUCUCGUUCUCACUCACCAGAUCUUGUCCUAAACUUCUAUAGCACUGCAACACACUGGUUUAACAAACUUUGAGGAGUGCCAGAUUCUCAUACUUCUUCUUUCAUCAAUUUAAGUGCAGAACACAGUUUUUGGUUAUGGAAACUCUUUCAUAUGGUUCUGCACCAUGCUGUCAAGUUGUGAACUCAAAGUUGAAAGUAGUUGACAAGGGUUUGAAUUCACGCCAAUCAAGGGUGUCCUGUAUAAGAAAAAGGGGUUUUGAUUAUACUAGUACAGUUUCUUCAUGUGGGUCUGUGAUGUUUUAUGAUAUGGGUCAGCAAAGAGGUUAUUGUAGGGUAAAAAGUGCUUUUGAAAGCUCUAGAAGACUCAAAUUCAAGGUUUACAGUGGAGGUUAUGAUGGUUAUGUGAUUGGUGAAGAGGAAGUAAGAGAUGUUUCAGGGAUAGAGGAACCUGCUACCAAGGUUCUGAUUCCAGGUUUGCCUGAUGAGUCAAAUGGUGAAUCUGGUGGUGCUCCAAUAAGUAGUUGCUUUUGGGGGUGGAAGCCUAAGUUCACUGUUCACUAUGAGAAGGCUGGGUGUGAGAAUGUGGAUUCCCCACCUGUCCUCUUUCUUCCGGGUUUCGGCGUCGGCUCUUUCCAUUAUGAGAAGCAAUUGAAGGAUUUGGGCCUUGACUUUAGAGUGUGGGCACUGGAUUUUCUUGGGCAAGGGAUGUCCCUGCCUUUUGAAGAUCCUGCUCCUCUGUCUAAGGAAGGGGCUACUACUACGUCAAAUGGAAAUGUUUCUUCAUGGGGUUUUGGAGAUGAGACCGAACCAUGGGCGGCGGAGCUUGUAUACUCUGCUGAUUUAUGGAAAGAUCAAGUUCGCUACUUCAUAGAAGAGGUCAUUGGUGAACCAGUCUAUCUUGUGGGAAAUUCGCUCGGAGGAUAUGUUGCACUGUAUUUUGCUGCAUGCUACCCUCAUUUAGUGAAAGGCGUCACAUUGCUUAAUGCAACCCCUUUUUGGGGGUUUCUACCUAAUCCAGUAAAAAAUCCACGACUAGGCAAAAUAUUUCGAUGGGCUGGAACUUUUCCACUACCUUCAAAUAUAAAGAGUCUUACAAUGUUAUUGUGGGAGAAAAUUAGUGAUCCGAAAAGUAUUGCUCAGGUGCUUAAUCAGGUUUAUGCAGAUCAUUCAAUAAAUGUAGACAAUGUAUUUUCACGCAUAAUUGAAACUACAAGGCAUCCUGCUGCUGCAGCAUCAUUUGCUUCAAUUAUGUGCGCUCCUCGGGGAGAACUAUCCUUCAAUGAAACAUUAUCCAGAUGUCGAGCAAACAAUGUGCCGAUCUGCCUCAUGUAUGGGAAAGAAGAUCCCUGGGUGAAGCCAUUUUGGGGAUCACAGGUUAAAAAGCAAGUGCCUGAAGCUCCAUAUUAUCAAAUCAGCCCUGCUGGCCACUGCCCUCAUGAUGAAGUCCCUGAGGUUAUAAAUUUCUUACUUCGUGGGUGGAUCAGAAACGUUGAGUCUCAGGGUGCUGUCUCAUUACCUCUGCUGGAAGACCUAGACAGUAUGAAGAGCCCUAUUAUUGACAGGGAGUUAGAAUUUCCCAGAGAAGGUUCAAAGAAAUCGGUCGCCAUAAGAUACUUUGUUUCCAGUGUCUCACUCAUGGACAGGAUAAGAUCUUACAUCAAAUCUUACUCCAAGUCAAGGAAUUUGGCGCUCAAACCACAGUGACAUGGUGAACUAUGCCAUCUUCACAUAGAAACCAACUUCGUACGCCGUCUUCUGUUUAUAGUAUCAAAGAAACCAUACACAGUUGUUUUAGAAUCAGAAGGUUUUGUACAUAUCAAUCUUUGUUAAUAACUAUGUAAAGGAUAUUCAUAUUAUCAUAUGGUUUCUUCCAGCAGUAUGUGACAUGAGUGGAAAACUCAAAAGAAUUUGGGCAAAUAACAAUAGUAGAUCUUGUUUCA